AUGUCCGCCGGACGGCCUACACAGUCCAAGCCCCGGCCAGAGCCCGGGCCCUCGACCUCGACGUCGUCACCCCCCCCGCUACCCCCCGACAAGCUGACCGCCGCCGACCAAUUCCUCACCACCAUCUCCCAGCCCGUAGUUGCGGCCUUCUGUGCCGGCGGCGUCGCGGGCGCCGUGUCCCGCACCGUGGUGUCGCCCGCUCGAGCGCCUCAAAAUCCUCUUCCAGAUCCAGAGCGCGGGGCGCGAUGCCUACAAGCUCAGCGUGGGCAAGGGGGCUUGCUCAAGAUGUUGGAAGGAGGAGGGCUGGCGCGGGGUUCAUGCGCGGCAACGGCACCAAUUGCAUACCCUCUGGAGCUUAUCGCCAAUAGGGGCAUAUAUCUGGUUUCGGAAGGCUCAUUUUCUUGGCUGCAGCAGUUCUUCGAGCGACACCCCGGGGACAGCCUCACGCCAUUAGCGCUCCUUACUUGCGGCGGGAUUGCCGGCAUCACCUCCGUCACCUUUACGUACCCGCUCGACAUCGUGCGCACGCGCCUCUCGAUCCAAUCGGCGUCGUUUGCAGAACUCGGCGAGAAACCGACCAAGCUUCCGGGCAUGUGGCAGACCAUGGGUACCAUGUACAAAACGGAGGGGGGUAUCAAAGCGUUGUAUCGAGGCAUUAUUCCUACGGUGACGGGUGUUGCGCCAUACGUCGGCUUGAACUUUAUGACAUACGAGUUUGUCAGACAAUACCUAACACUGGAAGGCGAUCAAAACCCCAGUGCCCUCCGGAAACUAGCCGCGGGUGCCAUCUCCGGCGCGGUGGCGCAAACAUGCACAUACCCAUUUGACGUUCUCCGACGGCGAUUCCAAAUCAACACCAUGUCCGGCAUGGGCUAUCAAUACAAAUCCCUGCUAGACGCUGUCCGCGUCAUCGUCACCCAAGAAGGCAUCAAGGGUCUUUACAAGGGUAUCAUCCCGAACCUCCUCAAGGUGGCACCGAGUAUGGCGUCUAGCUGGCUGAGCUUUGAGCUCUGCCGCGACUUCCUCGUGAGCCUGAAGCCCGAAGAGGAGCCGCUUUUGCAGUAA